UAUAGGACUCCUUCAGCAGACUACUACUUGCGACUUUUCUCUCUUUUUAACAUAUGCAAUGGCUGGAGAUAUAAUCUAUGCUGAUAUCAAACAUUCAUCUUCAGAACAUUCACCUUCACGUCAGAGAUCUGAUCCUCACCACCAUGGAAUUUUCCUGAAAGUUGGAUGUGCAAUGAUUAUCAUCCUUCUUGUAAUAGUAAUUGUGCUGAGCAUUUUUGUUAUCCAGUUCAAAUCUGCAAGACAUACUAAAUUAAAUAAUGAAUCAAGAGAGAAAUACUGUACUGGGCAAAAUAAAUCUGAAACAAGCACCUCAGUAGUUUCUUUCAACUCUUCUACUGCUCAUAAAUCAUGCCCCUCUGAAGACUGGAAGCUACAUGGGGGGAAAUGUUACUGGAUUGCUAAAAGUGAGAAAUCUUGGAAUGAAAGUAGAAAUGACUGUGUCAUGAAAAAUUCACAUCUCAUGGUGAUCCAAGACAUCAUUGAUAUGAGUUUCCUAUGGCGGAACCUACGUCCUUCAGCCUCUUAUUGGGUUGGUCUGAGGAUGCCUCCUGGAGAGGAAUUAUGGACCUGGGUGGACAAUAGCACUUUUGACCCCCAGCUGUUUUCAAAGAAAGAAAGUAAGCCACAGACCAGGAGUAUGAAGUGUGCCCUGGUGUCUUAUACUGAGAUAGCUAAAGAAAGUUGUGAGAAACAUCAUCAGUGGAUUUGUCAACUGUCAUCCACUUGGCAGAAAAUUCGUCUCUAUUUGUCUGACUGAGAGACACCACGUGAAGCUUGAGCUCAGAUCAUAAGAAAGUUCAGAGGAUAGCAUGUGUCCUAGAGGGCUGUAUGUGAGUGUGUCCAUUUAUGAUUCAUGUGGGUAUAGUACUAUUUCUCAGAAGUGUGCA